AUGGCCGCCCCGGCGCACUCCCUCGCCUACACGGGCUGCAACUUCUUGCGCCAGCGGCUUGUCUUGGCCACGCUGAGCGGGCGCCCGGUCAAGAUCCGCAAGAUUCGGGCCAGGGACGACAGCCCGGGCCUCCGAGAUUUUGAAGCCAGCUUCAUCCGCCUGCUGGACAAGAUCACCAACGGUUCUCGGAUUGAAAUAAACCAGACAGGCACGACCCUGUACUACCAGCCCGGCCUCCUGUACGGCGGCUCUGUGGAGCAUGACUGCAGCGUCCUCCGCAGCAUCGGCUAUUACCUGGAGGCCCUCCUCUGCCUGGCACCCUUCAUGAAGCACCCGCUGAAGGCUGUUCUGCGAGGCGUCACCAAUGACCAGGUGGACCCAUCCGUUGACAUUCUUAAAGCGACAGCUCUCCCACUAUUGAAACAGUUUGGAAUCGAUGGCGAAUCCUUUGAGCUAAAGAUCGUGCGGCGGGGGAUGCCCCCUGGCGGUGGCGGCGAAGUGCUUUUCUCAUGUCCCAUCAAGAGGGCCCUGAAGCCCAUUCAGCUCACGGACCCCGGGAAGAUCAAGCGUAUCCGCGGAGUGGCGUACUCCGUUCGUGUGUCCCCGCAGAUGGCCAACCGGAUCGUGGACUCUGCAAGGAGCAUCCUCAACCAGUUCCUCCCCGACAUCUAUAUCUACACAGACCACAUGAAAGGGGCCGGCUCUGGGAAGUCCCCAGGCUUUGGGCUGACCCUUGUUGCUGAGACCACCAAUGGUACCUUCCUCAGUGCUGAGUUGGCCUCCAACCCUCAGGGCCAGGGCACAGCCGUGCUUCCUGAGGAUCUGGGCCGGAACUGUGCCAAGCUGCUUCUGGAGGAGAUCUACAGGGGCGGCUGUGUGGAUUCCACCAAUCAGAGCCUGGCUCUGCUGCUCAUGACCCUCGGGCAGCAGGACGUUUCCAAAGUCCUCCUGGGACCACUGUCCCCUUACACGAUAGAGUUUUUGCGACAUCUGAAGAGCUUUUUCCAGAUUAUGUUUAAAAUUGAAAGCAAGCGGUGUGGUGAUGAGCUCAAGGGCGGGGACAAGGUGCUGAUGACUUGUGUUGGUGUCGGCUUCUCCAACCUCAGCAAGACCCUCAAGUGA